UGUAGUCUCUCCCGCCGUGGACGCCUAUUGGCGAAGACGCAGUGGGGGGACUACAGUUCCCGUAGUGCUUUGCGACAGGGGGCGGGCGGUGGCUUUAAUAGUAGAUACUAAACUUGAAUGCAGCGGCGGGAAGGGGGGAUUUGUAGCGAUCGCGGAGGGGGAUGAGCGAUACGGUGUAAAGCGGCUGCGGUGUAUCGAUCAGCGGAGGUGUUGCCAUGCCUACCAGGGGCAUCAAGAGAAAGUUCCCAGAUUGGGAGGAGUCUGUGCUGGACGGACAUCUGUCCUUUCAGACGGACAGCUACUCCUUCUUUCGCCAGUCCUUACUGAACAUGUCUCUUGAGAAGUUCAACAAGGGUCGUAUGAUGAUAGAGCCUAGUUUGCGACGCUACGUUCUCAUCGCCAACACCUUGAGAGUCAUCCAGGAGGAGAUCCGCCAUGAAAAUCCAUGUGCUGUCCCCAACUUAGAAGGCGUUAUGUCUGGCGUAUGUGAUCCAUUGUCCGGGAAUGUCGUAGCUCCUGUUCUUCCUCAAGAUCUGGAGAACGUCGUCCUGCCUUCUAUGGAAGACGACUUCUCUGUGACUGCCACCAUUGCUUCCAUUUUAAAAGAACUGGAAAGUGUUUUAGAUGAAAGUUGCCCUCAAAACCUUCAGCCACGUUUGAGCAUGCAGGAACCCGAGAACAAGCAUGAGUCCUCCAAUAAUGUUGGUUCUAGAGUACCUCAAUCUGAUCAUCCACCAUGUGAUCGUGAGGCAGCUGUGAAGGGCGCGGUGUUCAGCGCUGAACCUAGGUCCUUAAGAGACACUGGGGAAAUUGAGUUAAUAAGAGAACUGGUGCUGGCGGCAUCCUGUGCCGAAACCUCAGAACCCAUGGACACUUCUUUAAUGGGGCAAGUGCCUGCUGUCUCCUCACCUAUGGACACUAGCGGCACCCAAGAAGUAAAUUCACAGGCUUCCACUAUACAGAGUCCCCCAUCUGUCCCUCCCGAGGAGCUCAAGGCUUCGGAGGCUGUCUUUGGUAGUUUUGAAAUAAUGAAUUCCAGUUACCUGAACGAUGUCUCCUUUGAUGACCCUUUUUCAGACAUAGACACCUCCGUUUUUGAGAAGGAGACCUCUUUGACUGGGACGGCCCCAAGCAGCCGGUUAUCCUCUUCAGAAGACCUCUUGUUUCCUUCCUCGUGUAAUUCUGUAUCCUACAACUCCAGUCAAGGACUUAGGGAGCCAAAUGACCUAGACAACAUCAUCGGAAUCCUCGUUGGUUCCUGACGUCUUGGCUCUGUAGUAGAACAGUAUGAAAUGGUGUCUCGUUUAAGAACGGGAAGGACUCCGAGAAUACGCGACUUUUGCACAUAGACCAUCCUUUGCUGGUUCUCUUUCGUUACAUGCAAAUACAGUGCCUCCGACCAGUAGCAAAGGGUGUUACACGUUUACAGAAGCGAUGCAGUAAUAUAUAUAUUCGCCUCCAUCAGGCUUGCCAUGGAUGAUCAUAUGCUGCAUAUUGCCUCUUAUUAUUAUUAUUUUUCCUAUUUUAUAUCUUGUCUUAAUACCGUAAUGUAUUAUAGGGGUGGACUGGGCUCAUUGCCCCCAAGGGCAGUCAAUUCACCUUGUCUUCCGUGAAGAUUUGUAUUUUUAUGUAACUGGUUUUAAUCUUUAAGACUUUGGUGCUGUGGCAGAUCCAAUGUAUAGGACACAGUCACAAAAUGUUGUACUGGAGAAUUGGGGUGGUCAUAGGA